AGGCGAUAAUCGCUUACGAUACCAGACGAUACCUCGCAAACACUUCACGACAUCGCCUGUGAAAUCGAGAUCCUCAAUUCAUACCAUUUCUUCGUUUUUAACUGAAUAAGGGAUGCAGCCACAAUAAAACCCCCCUACAUUCUUUCUUCGAAGGCGAGCAAGCCAUUCGUGCAAUGUCUAUCCCUCUGGACUUUCUGCGCACACAGCUUACGCCGUCAAUUGGUACCUCACUUGGAGACUUCCUUGCUGAGCGUAUCGCUGACUCGGAUGUCAAAUCCCUUUUGCACUGCAUCCCCUCUACAUCUACACCCGCUCUUUACUCUUCUGACCCAUCGAGGCCACCUUUGUGCCAUGAUAUCAUACAUUCGUUUAUUACAAACUUUACCAUGCCAUGCUCAACCUCUGGACGUCCCCUUGGUCCAAAUGACAGAGUUAUGGUUGUACUACCAACCGGUCCGUCAAACGCACUCGCGCUCCUCUCUAUAGCCACCUAUCAUACCUGCGCACCGGUGAAUGCCAGCUGUACUGGGCCGGAGCUUCGAGAAGACGCGUUGAGACUCAAUGCGAAGGCGGUCAUCACGACACGAGACGCUGAAGAACGUCUUGAACUUCAGGCUAUGCGUGACGAGCUUAAUUGCGAUAUCAUAUUCAUUCAGGAGCGUUCUUCGGGACCGCCUGGGCUUUUUGAUAUGUCUGUCAUGGGACAAGAGAAUACUAUAAUAAGGAGGCCGUCACAACCUCAUCGUCUCACAGACCAGUCUUUGGUCUUACAUACCUCUGGUACUAGUGGCAAGAAGAAAGUCGUCCCUUACACAUUGCAUUCUCUUAUUGUGGGUACAUGGGCCGUUGUACACUCUUGGGAUCUCAGGUCGACCGAUGUCAAUAUGAACAUGAUGCCUCUUUUCCACGUCGGUGGCAUUGUCCGUAAUCUUUUAGCACCAAUCCUUUCCGGGGGCAGCGCCAUUAUGUGCUCCGGAUUUGACGCUAUCGCGUUUUGGAAUCUAUCAGCUCAGUUAAAGGCCACUUGGUACUAUGCUGCACCCACUAUCCAUCAUGCUAUCCUCACAUCCCAGCCUGAAAACAUCGUCCCACAGCGCGAUCUGCAGAUUAGAAUGAUUUGCAAUGCUGCAGGAGGGUUAUUGCCGUCGCUGGCGGUUGACAUGAAGGAACGGUUUGGCAAUGCUGUUAUAUUGCCAUCUUACGGAAUGACGGAGUGUAUGCCCAUCGCGUCUCCUCCUACAACGUAUCAAUUGGAACGCCCAGGCUGCUCUGGGAUUGCUUGCGGUCCAUACCUUUCUAUCCGAGAUCCGUCUAACAUCGAACAUGAACUACCACGGGGAAAAACUGGCGCAGUUUCAGUUCGCGGGCUACCUACGUUUGCCGGAUAUGAGGUUUCACCCGAUAUCAACGUUCCCCUGGACACAUCUGCGUUUUCUAGUGAGGGAUGGUUUGACUCUGGGGAUAUGGGAUACAUGGACGAAGACGGUUAUCUCUUCAUCACUGGUCGUUCGAAGGAAAUCAUCAACAAAGGUGGUGAGGUUAUCUCACCGUUUGAAGUUGAAGAGGCCAUUAUCACAGCAGCUAGAGACCAUGUGAAGACCACUUUAGCGUUUGCAAUUGAUCACUCAGUUUUACAAGAAGCAAUCGGUGUAGUGAUCGUACCUGUUCCAGGCCGACCCGUCAUUGGCUUGGCCCAACUGCUCGACUUGUUGAAGGAGCAUUUGCAUCCCUCCAAAUGGCCAUUCGCCAUAGUGUACAUGCAAGAUCUCCCGAAAAAUAGCGCUGGGAAGCCCUUGCGCAUCAAGCUAGCUCAACGCCUCAACCUAGGGAGCAUGUCGGAUAGCGUUCCAGCAUUGGAUCGCCAUUUCGAGGCUGUUGUUCCUCCUCCCAGUGCCUCCUUGUCUGACCCCAUCCAUUGCACUGUUGUUCAAAUUGAUCUUCGUGAAAUUAAUCGACUUCUUGCUGAUAUCAAGGGAGUUAAGAAUGUCGCUGUCCGUUCUCGUCAAGACGGCACCCCGGAAGCUUUCGUUUCUGUGGGUCCCCAAGAGAAUCUUGAUUCGACCGUUAUCAAAUCCAGCCUUGCAAAUUUUCUGCCUGGAUACGCCAUUCCAGACAUUCACGUCCUAGCUCGUCCUCUACCCUUAAUUGCGGGUGACUUCGAUUUUGCAUCUAUGGAAGCGGACAUCAUCCAACAGAAUACUGCGUCCAUGUCCGCGAGCGCUGCUGUUGUGCGCGAUAUCGUGGCUGAACUUCUGGAUAUCGAGCCGGGGAUGGUCUCCGGGGAAUCUGAUUUCUUCCUCUUAGGUGGCAACUCUCUUCUUCUCGGAAAGCUAUCUUAUCUCAUUCGGAAGAGAACCAAUGCUAGCAUCGCUGUCGCAGCCAUCUUUACCAAUAGCUCUAUUAAUGGAAUAGCAUCUCUUGUCGAGGUCGAGCAGCGGAAGCUAUCUUUGGAAUCAUUGGUAGAUGAAAGGAUGCAACCAUAUCCAAGUACGAGAAACAACUCCGAAUUGACAUUGGGGUCCAACGGCAAUCGUAGCCCUAAUUCAGAAGGGCAAAAGGAACGAGGGCAAAAUCAUCCACUCAACUUGAUCGUCCAGGCUAUACCCAUGGCUCUCUUCUAUCCUCUGAAGACUGCCGUUACUUGGUCCAUUCUUUUAUUCAUUCUUUCAUACCUGGCUCCUGCUAUCAACCAGGACUACUUCCAACGCAUGCUUGCCCUCAUUUGUGCUAUUGUGAUCGCUCGACUUUGUGUGCGAGUGUGUGCUCCAGUCGCGGCUAUAAUAUGCAAAUGGGUCGUGAUUGGGAAAUACAAGCCUGGCAACCAUCGGAUGUGGUCACUCUACUAUCUAAGAUGGUGGCUGGUGAACCAGAGCCUCGUUUCGGCUGGGCGCGGUAUAUUCGCCAUGCACCCGGAAUUAAACAAACUCUACUAUCGCUUGCUAGGCGCGCACAUUGGCAAAGAUGUUUCGAUUAGCAAGCAUGCCCAUCUUGGCGAAUUCGAUCUUCUGACUCUGGAAGAUGGUUGCAGGAUCGAUUCUUCACUCGUUCGCGGGUUCUGCGUGGAGCGUGAAGGCUACUUUCGUCUGGCGCCCAUUACUAUUGGCCGAAGAGCGGUUGUGAAUAGCUACACUCAAAUCUCGCCCGGUGCUAUAAUACCUGAAGGCUCUGUCUAUGGACCUCACGCAUCCUCUCAUGAGUCUCCUUCACCGCCAUCCUAUGCUGCCUACAACCGGACGUUGUUCAUGGAACCCAAUUGGCCGCUCAAAUUCUUUGUCGCCUGGCCGAUCAUCAUUGCUGUCACUUUUGUGUCCUAUAUCCCUUGGUUUAUCAUACUAUGGUUGAUGGUGUCGAAGACCGCUAUCGUCGAACCCGGUACGAACAAUGCCCUUGUCUCCGUUGUCUACUGGUUCUCGAAUCCCGAGCGAGUUCUCUGGCAUGCUGUCUCAAGGAUGGUUAGAGCAAUCUGCACUCCCCUGCUGCAGGUAGUUUUCGGAAUUAUGGUCAAGCGCACUUUGGGGCUCAACAGCGAGCAUCGGGCGAGCGACGCAACCCAGCUCGUCCUACUUAGGAGAUACAUCAAUUCAAUAUUACUCUCUCAAGGUAAAUUGAAAGAGGCAUUUUCUCUCAUUGGAACGCACUACGAAGGCGUCUCUUUCGUAUACCGGAUGAUGGGUGCUAAAAUCGGUCGCCGAGUGUAUUGGCCUGGCUCAGGAAUCUACUGCUUAGACCCCGAACUGCUUGAAAUUGGAGACGAUGUCGUGUUUGGUUCCAGAUCGGAAAUUUAUACCACUGACAGACUUGGCUCCGAGAAAAUUCGCAUUGGAAAUGGGGCAAUGAUCGCAGACCGAGUGGUUCUUCUACCGGGCACUACCGUAGGCUCGCGCGCGGUAAUGGGUUCCGGUGCUUUGUCGAAGAGAAACGCUACGUACGAAGAUGGCUCCACCUGGAUGGGUAACGACCGUGGUCAGGCUAUUUGUUUCAACAAGGGCUCUCCAUCUUCCUCAGGUGGCGAUACAAUUACUCCUUUCGGCCGGGCUUUCUACAGGCGUCAGGCCAACUACUUUGUGUGGCCUUACUUCGUUAUCCUUUCUAUCAACCUCAUAGUGACUGCUUGCUCUGCUGCCUAUUGGUCUAUAAGUGCCGUCGUUGCAGCCCAACUCCUUCACCAAUGUUAUAUCUAUCUGCCUCACUUCCGUCUUUUCCAAGACCAUUGGUACCGCUUCGGGAUUCUGUACGGUCUCAUAUCCGCCUCUUUCAUCGUUGUGCUCAACAUUCAGGCCCUCUUGUGUGUGCUGUGGGUCCUCUUGACGAAGUGGAUUGUCAUUGGCCGAAGGAAACCUGGUCCUUGCGCUUGGGACGAGAGCGAUUACUGUCAACGAUGGCAAUUACAUCUUGUCCUAUCGCGCCCUCUAUACAAAGGUUACGGUAUUGGAGGUGUUCUAGCUCCUAUAACCGGUUCGAUCUACAUUGUUUGGUUCUUCAGAGCCAUGGGUGCCAGCAUUGGCAGCAACUGUUGUCUAUACCCAGGUGGAAAGCAAGGGCUCAUGACAGAGCCAGAUUUGCUUGAAAUUGGGGACGACGUUUCAUUGGAUAACUGUUCUGUCGUCGCGCACAUCAACUCCCGAGGUAACUUUGCUUUGAACCCGCUUAAGAUUGGUAAUGGAUGUGCCAUGCGUACUGGCUCUCGAUUGCUUUCCGGGGCGUCUAUGGAAGACAACAGCAUGCUCUGCGAACACACUUUGCUUACCUCUGGCGAAGUCGCUGAAGCUGAUUCGAUCUACGUCGGAUGGCCUGCCAAACGAAUGAGUGAUUUCGAAAAGCAACGCAGGUUCGACGACGAAGGGACAAUGGUCUUGUCUAGUCCUCCUGCUGGAACCCAGAUGUGCUCCGUUUGUCACAAAUCCUCUCGCGAAGUUACCCUCGCUCCAUGCGGACAUUAUACCUGUGAUUCGUACGUCGAUUUACAACUAUGCACCUCGUAACAGAUAAUGACUUUCUUACAGGUGCAUCUGUCGUGGUCCUCAAUGUUCAGUCUGCAUGGAUUCAGUUUCUUCCCCGACUAGUACUAUUAAAUUUCAAUUACCAUUUGCUGCCUAGACCAACAUCUACUUCAAGGGUUAUAGGCAAUCCAACCUUGGUUAAACAAGUACCAUUUUUGGCAUGCACCACCCGGUUCGCUG